AUGGCCCCCAUCGGCCCUUCUUACCGUCCGCCACUGGUUGUCGCCAUUGCUGAGCACUAUAAGUACUUAAGAAAGCUUCACAUCGAUGGAUGGAGAACAAACAGGAUAGGAAACGAGGGUUUGACAGCGAUUGCUAAACACAGUGCAAACCUUCAAGAACUUGUUCUAAUUAGGGUCAACCCUAACUCAGCAAGCCUAGAAGCAAUCGCUACAAACUGUCAAAAGCUAGAAAGAUUAGCUCUAUGUGGAAGCGAAACAAUAGCUGAUGGGGAGAUUUUAGGCAUAGCAUCAAAAUGUGUUGCUUUGAAGAAGCUCUGUAUAAAAGGGUGUCCAGUAUCAGAUGAAGGAAUCGAAGCUUUUGCUUGGGGUUGUCCUAAUUUGGUGAAGAUCAAGGUAAAGAAGUGCAAGAAUGUGACUAGUGAAGUUGGAGAUUGGCUACGAGCUAAAAGAGGAUCAUUGGUGGUGAAUUUGGAUGUGUGUGAAGUUGAAACUGAAGCUGCAAACUUCGUAAAUGGUCCUUGUGGUGGUAAAAUGACUGAAAUGCCCUUCAUUUAA